AUGGCAACAGACGCCAAUGGUCGCGCAGAUAUCCCAGCUUUAUUGUCCAUCGAUCAACAGCAGCAAAACAAACAUAUCUACAAGUCGUCUUACCGGCAACGAUGGGGCUGGCAGGAUGACCAACGGCCGAAACUCACCCCCAAUGAAAUUACUAAAUUUGUUCGAACAUACGCUUGGCCAAAAGAAACGGAGUUGGCACUUCAAUGUCUUUUUGAAGCAAAUUAUGAUGUGUCUCGAGCGGUGGAAAUUAUUCAUGAAGCUCGUAGGCAGAAAUUGAGGCUGAAUCGAGAUGAGUCGGAACGGAUACAUAUGGGGCUCUUUGAAAAAUCAAUGGUCAGACAUGGCAAAGACUUUCAUCUCGUUAAGCGAAGACUCGGUCGAAACGUAACAACCCGUGAGUUGGUAAAUAAAUUUUACUUGUGGAAGAUCAGACCAGAGUAUGAAAAAUGGCACGAUGGCCAGCGAGAGAAAAAGAGAAAGAGGGAAGCAAAGCGACUUCAAAAGCUUCACCCUGUUGUGGGCCAGAACCGAGAGUAUUGCGAAGUUUGCUUAAAGGAUGGCAAGCUGUUGUGUUGCGAUGGCUGUGAGCGGGCGUGUCACCUCAACUGUGUACGACCAGCUCUGUUAGACGUUCCCGAAGGUGACUGGUUCUGCUCGCGCUGUCGAGAUGCAGCAUCUGCCAUCAAGUGCCAUGAUCUUGGCGUACCCGAUUCGGAUGUAUCAAAGUCCACUUCAAAACCAAAGACACAGACAAAUGGUAACAGCCUUAAAGGGGGCAGUAUAUUGCAGUCAUCCUGCUACGCUCGCGAUACAAAAAAGAUUGCUGACGAAAAGUAUUUUGCGACCGAGAAGUGCUCUAAGCGAAGUAGACCACGAGCGAGCAGCAAAUAUGAAGAUGCACCCGAUCGAUUCAUCGCUGAAGAUCUAGAUAAAAUCAGUGACAUUACGACCGAAUCGGAGUCUGACGGUGGUGUUGCGAAUGUUUUCCAUACGCCUAACUAUGUAGUCACGGCACCCUUGAAAAAGCGAAAGCAGAUGUGCUCCAGAAUUGAAAUCGUUGUCGCACGACCUCGUCGCAAGUCACCGCUGGAAAAUGGAAAUAAUCUAAUCAGAGAUGUUGCCUCUACGAAGGUAAAAGCACGCGAAACUUGA